AUGGACAUUUUUUUGCUGUUAUUCUCUGCCGCGGCGAUCGCGUUGCCUGUCGAUUCCGCGCAGCUGCUCGUCGACCCGUCAUUUCUGUUGGUGGAGGAGGACUGGCCGCUCGAGCAACCGCUACCGGUCACCAUUUGCCCGGGCAGUGUGCGAAUUUUACAAGGCGACGCGCAGAAGACGUUCUCCGUCGCCCGGCUCAACGAAUCGUGUGCCACGCUGAAGCUGAACAAGGAGCUCGACGCGGAUAAGGAAAAUGCCGACGGGUUGCGCUGGGAAUCGUUCUCGUUAGUGCUGUCCGGCGCUCAGAAAUCGCGGGCCACCCUCGAGAUUCAGGUGGUGGACGUCAACGACAACGCCCCCGAAUUCCUCAAUGUGCCCAGCAGCAUCAGCGUGUUCGAGGAUGACCGCUUCACGAUUGACAAGCGAAAAUGCGGCAAUGGCGAGUGUUGGACAACGCUGCGCGUGAAGGACAAGCUCGAUUUCGAGAAGCAGAGGAAACACCUGCUAAAAAUCACGGCCCGCGACGGGGACCCAACAAAGAAUCGAUCGCAAGAGACGAGCGUCCUGCUGACUGUUCAUGUGCUCGAUGCCCAAGACCAGCCUCCACUGUUCAUCACCGACGUCUCGCAAACCUUUCUGGUGCAGGAGAGCGCAAACGUUGGAGAUGUGGUCUUCGAAAUCCGCGCCCGGGACGGGGACGAGGCGGCCGAACGGUCGAACCCGAUACGGUACACCCUGCAGAAGAAUGAAUUCUUUGAAAUUGACGAGCGGAGCGGCAACGUGAAAUUGCUCAAACAUGCCGACGAGGCCCUGCUUCUGCGGCUCGGCGUGACGGUAGGAGAGUCGCGCAGCGGUCGAUGGACUCAAUUCCAGGCAGCCGAGGAGGGCGAGGGCCAGAUGAGGAGCGAGGCCGAGCUGAAGAUCCAGUUCGUCAAGUCGAGAAUUUUGGAGAAGGCAGGGCGCACUCGGAACCGUUCAGUAGUUUUCCAGGCCCUCUCCUCUCAUCCUGCUCCGAAACUGAGCCAGAGCCUCGGCAAGUUGUGUGAAAAAGAGGCGUAUGCGAUGCGGAUUCGGGAAAACGCGGAACAAUUCGAGUUGCCGGAAGUGAUCCGGUUGACGGAGAAACAGGACAAAUCCGCUCUGCGCUUGAUCGGCGGUGCCGACAUCUUUGGCUUCAAGCAGGCCACGCCCGACCAGAUUGAGAUCGUCGUGAAGAAUCAGAAAAAGCUCGAUUUUGAGCAGACGUCAAACUACAGCCUGAAGCUCUCCUCCCCUUUGGGAAGCUGCAACAUUGAGGUGCUAGUCGUCGACGUCAACGAUAACCCACCGCAUUUUGCCUCCGACGGCUACACGUUCUACGUGCGCGAAAACGAGGCCGCCGGCGAGAUCGGGCAGGUCAAGGUCGGAAUUUCUUGUGACCCUCAAAAUCAUGGCGCGCCAUUCCAGGCGGCAGAUGAGGAUUCGGCCGACUACGGGCCAAUCGAGUACCAGAUCGUCGGCUCGUCAAAGAACAUUUUCACCAUUGACGGCGACGGGCGACUGUCGACGACAAAAGCGGUCGACAGGGAGCGAAAUACGAAUUUUACGUUCUCGGUGCGGGCAACGGAUCGAGGCGGAAAAUUCACGGAUGUCCCCGUAAAAGUGGUGGUGCGCGAUGCGAACGACAACGCGCCAACAUUUGAAAGUGACCACAUUGUGAUUGACGUCGUCGAGGAGGUGGCAAGCAAGCACAGAAUUACGGCGCGGGACGAGGAUCUUGGAGAGAACGCGCAGCUCACCUACACAAUCAGCAAGUUGCCGGAGGGGCUGCCAAUAGAUAUGAAUAACGGGAUCCUGUUCGUGGGACGAAUUGACCGUGACUCCUUGUCUGUACACCCGAUCGAGCUCGUGCUCACCGCCACCGAUUCCGGGAAACCCCCGUUGACGGGCAGCACAAAUAUUACGAUCCGCGUCGAGGACACCAACGACAACCGCCCGCAAUUCAGCGCCCCGCACCACGCGUUCAACCUGGACAGAAACCUCAACCCGGGAGAGACGUUGGGAAAGCUCGACGCCACCGACGAGGACGCCACCCCACCAAACAACAAAAUCUACUUCACCACCGACGACGACCGCUUCUACAUUGACGUCAACGGGAGCAUCGUGUACAACGGGUCUGAGCCGUUUUCCAGGGAACAGUGGUUGGAAUUUAAGGUGUGGGCUCACGACAACGGGGAACCGUCAUUGAACUCGUCGACCCUGGUCGCCAUCAACGAGCACAAAAACACGAUCGGAGGCGCGCUGACGACAAAGCUGAACCGAACUAAUGACGAGCGCACCGAGGUGAGGUGGGCCAACUCCAAGAUGCCCGGCUACACGUAUGAGAUUUUGCGGGCCACGGCUGACGGAAUGCCAGACGAUGAGGUGCUGAAGUGGGUAUCGAUCGAUCGAAAAACCGGCGUUAUCCACACGAUACGACGGCUCGAGGCCAGCGACGUGAAGGAGAUCAAACUUCAUAUCAGCAUGAAGAAGAAGAAAAAAGAGAUUCCCGUGGAACUGAUCAUCAAAAUCGUCGACGCCAACGACAACAGCCCGUUCUUCAAGCGCAUCGCCUACAAGGCGAACGUCUCCGAGGAGGCGGCCAUCGGGAUGCCCAUCUUGCAAAUCAAGGCCGAGGGGACGGAUGUGGAGAAUUUAUUGCGCUACUCUUUGACCACCAUCUUUCCCGAGACGUCAACCCCACUCGAGAUCGAUCAGUACGGCACGAUACGGACGCGUGAGCCCCUGGACUAUGAGCAAUUUUCCCAAAUCGACGGUAUCGUCUCGGUCAAAGAUUCGCUUGGCCAUCUCGCAUCAGCGAAUUUGACGAUCUAUAUUGAUGACGUCAAUGACCAUCGGCCGGAAUUCCGGAACGGCUCCGUGUUCUCGGUCAAUGCCACCGAAUCGUUGCCGGUUGGAGCGAGCCUCGCGUUGGAGUAUCCAUUGGCUACGGAUCGGGAUGGCGGCAGAUUCGGGAAGAUUGUCUACUCGAUUAUUGGGGGUGAAAACGACUUUGCCAUCAACGAGAAGACGUCAGUCGUCGUGCUCAAGCGGGCCCUGGAUUUUGAGACGCAACGCAGCCACUCGUUCACGGUGCGCGCCGUUGACAACGGCGGGAAGAAGCCGUUCCACGAGGUGUUACUGUCUACUUGGGAAGACGCCAACGACCACUCGCCGAUCAUCCACAACGCCGACCUGACCCAUUUGAGCGUUGGGGAAGACGCGAAGAAUGGGGAUAUCGUGGCCAUAAUCUCGGCUUCGGAUGCUGACGCUUCCGGCGCGGACCCCGUCCAGAUCACUUCCAACCACACGCAAUUCCGGGUGGACGAGACCGGGAAGCUGGUCGUCGCCGCUCCAUUGAGCGGGUACGCCGGGGAAAAGAUCUGCGGCCACUUGACCGCCUCGGACUUGGGCGUGCCGAUGCGAAACACGACCGUCCCGUUCUGCAUCUCCGUGCAGGGCAUACGACAGGCCGAUUUGCCCCUGAUCGUCUACCCGAAGCCGAAUAGG